AUGCGGUUCAUCGCCCCCGUUGCCCUCCUGACUCUGCUGCAAGGCAUCAACGCAUCUCCAGUUGAUGUCAAGCUCAACAGCCCUGGCCUGCAAGUCACCCUCUCCCAGGUGGACAACACCCGCAUCAAGGCUGUUGUGCAGAACACUGGCAGCGAGGAGGUUACCUUUGUGCACCUGAACUUCUUCCAGGACGCUUCGCCCGUCAAGAAGGUGUCUCUGUUCCGCAAUGAAAACGAGGUCGAAUUCCAGGGCGUCAAGUACCGCAUCAAGACCACCGACCUGUCCGAGGAUGCCCUAACCUCGCUCGCCCCCGGUGCUACCAUCGAGGACGUCUUCGACAUCGCCUCGACCAGCGAUCUAUCCGAGGGCGGCUCCAUCACCCUCCGCUCGCAGGGCUCCGUCCCCAUCGUCAAGGACAAGAAUGUGUCCGGCGCACUCCCCUUCUCUUCCAACGAGCUCACUAUCGACGUCGACGGCGCCAAAGCCGCCGAGGUCACCAACAUCGGCAAGACGCUCGCCCGCCGCACCCAAAUCAGCGGCUGCUCAGGGUCCCGCGGCACAGCCCUGCAAACCGCCCUGCGCAACACCGUCUCGCUCGCCAAUGCCGCCGCAUCGGCCGCUCGCAGCGGUGGCUCCCGCUUCACGACCUUCUUCAAGACCGACAGCACCAGCACCCGCAACAGCGUGGCCGCCCGCUUCAGCGCCAUCGCCUCCGAGGCAAGCUCGACCACCUCCGGCGCAACCCAAUACCUCUGCACCGACACCUACGGAUACUGCAGCUCCAACGUCCUCGCCUGGACCCUGCCCGCUUACGACAUCAUCGCCAACUGCGAUCUGUACUACAGCGCCCUCCCUGCGCUGACUUCGACCUGCUACGACCAGGACCAGGCCACCACCACCCUGCAUGAGUUCACCCACGCCCCGGGCGUCUACAGCCCCGGUACUGAGGACUACGCCUAUGGCUACUCGGCUUCUGUUGCGCUGAGUGCAUCCCAGGCGCUGAACAAUGCUGACUCGUAUGCGCUGUUUGCUAACUCUGUAAACCUUGGCUGUUAG